AUGGCUCACAAGAGCUCCGCAGGCAACGGCAUGAACCUCCUCUACAGAGACCUGACCUCCGAGGUGACUCGGCGCCUUCUCACCAUGACGGCGAGAGAAGAGAUACUUACCAAGAAAAGCGAUGAAGCCAGAGAGAUGGUCUGGGAUUCCGAUUUCAAAUCCGAUUCAGUCCAAGUCUCUCCUCUUAACAUGGACUACCCCGUGGUACCUCCAGCCCCACCUCCUUCUCCAGCUGAGGAUUCCACAAGCUCCUAA